AUGGUAAGAGGAAACCAACGUGUUUCUCGAUGUUUAUUCCAUACUAGUAGACAAGUAUUCCAUAUCCAUGAAUCCAAAUUAACUUCCAGUUCAUCAAAUGAAAUGAAACAUUUUAAUGAAUUAGCCAGUAGUUGGUGGGAUGUUAAUGGACCACAAAGAAUUUUACAUAAAAUGAAUUUAUUAAGAAUGGAUUUCAUUCAUAAUACAAUACGAAACAAUCUCAAGUUAAACCAGGGAAUCACUAAAGAAGAUGAUCGAGUUUAUAUUCCACCAUUUAACGUUGAUUUAUUACCUUCAAUAAUUAAAAAUAGAAUUAUUGAAGAACAAGAAACAAGAAGAGAUGAGUUAUUGAAGGAUGCUAAUUGGAAAGUAUUAGAUGUUGGAUGCGGUGGUGGUAUCUUAUCUGAAUCAAUGGCAAGAUUGUCAUUUGUUAAUCUGGUUAGAGGAAUUGAUUUAUCAAAAGAUGUUUUAGAAGCUGCUAAAUUACAUAAAUUAAAAGAUCCAAUAUUAGCACUGAAAUUAUCUUAUGAAUUAAUGCCAAUUGAAGAUAUCCCCGUGGAAGAAAAGUUUAAUAUAAUUACCAUGUUUGAAGUAUUAGAACAUGUAGAUUAUCCCAGUAGAGUAUUAUUAGAAGGAUUAAAAAGAUUAGAUAAAGGUGGUUGGUUAUUUAUUUCUACAAUUAAUCGUGAUUUUAUAAGUUGGUUUACUACAAUCUUUAUGGGAGAAUAUGUUUUAAAGAUUGUUCCAGUUGGUACUCAUACUUUAGAGAAAUAUAUUAAUCAAUCUGAAAUUAAAGAAUGGUUAGAAGAGGACGUAGAAAGAAAACAAAGUUUUAAAGUUGUUGACACUAAAGGGUGUGUAUAUUUACCUGCUUAUGGUUGGAAAUUUACUGAUUGUGUUGAUGUUGGUAAUUAUUUCAUGGUAAUCCAAAGAGUUAAAUAG